AUGCUAGCGCUGAAGGCACUAUCGACUUCCCGUCUCGGAAAUCGAUGGUUGAUUCCGGUGGGGGUUUUCCCCAUUUCCCCCUUCUCUGAACUGGCAGGACGGUCAACAAGUUCAAGCUCUACAUGUUUAGUUGACUGUCUGAUUACAAAAUUCGAAUUCCCCGAAACCAAAGCCCUCUCCAUCGCUGCUCGAUUUCCCCGUCUCAAAUCUUCCCAAAAGCCCCAAGCUUUGUUCGAGUUCCUGCGAGGCCUAGGGUUCUCUCUUGACUGUAUUCAGUCUACUGUCUCUGGGGCUCCGCAGAUUCUCUUCGCUAACGUUGACAAGAACCUUAAACCCAAGAUCGAGCUGUUUCAGAAAUUGGGUUUCGAGAGUCCUCGUCUUGUUAAGUUCCUCUCUAAGAAUGGUGCUGUGUUAACUGCUAGUCUGGAGAAGAAGCUGCGUCCUCGAGUUCAUAUUUUGCUGGAAACUUUCCAUCAGAAGGAUGUGCUUAAGGCUAUUGAAAAAUGCAGUUGGCUUGCAUUUAUGUGCCCACAUUCUAGAUUGCUGUCGAACGUUGCUUUGUUGCAGAGCUGUGGCAUUGUUGGGUCUCAGCUCUCGAUGCUGUUGAAGAUGCAGCCUAGGUUGUUCAUUAGGACAGAUUGUAAAGUUAGAGACAUUGUUUCGAGGACGUUGGAUUUGGGGUUUUCAGUGGAAUCACGGAUGUUUAUAUAUGGGAUGUGUGCUGUUAGUGCCUUCAGCGUGGCAACACUUGACCGGAAGUUUGCUGUAUUCGAGGGUUUUGGGUUUUCAAGGAGUGAAUGCAUUGCAAUGUUCAGAAGAUCUCCGACCAUGCUGGGUCGCUGUGAUGAGAAGUUAAGUUCUGGCUUGGAUUUCUUUUUGAACACCGUGAAUCUGACAAAGGAGAUGGUGGUUCGUAGUCCUGCACUGUUGAUGUAUAGCAUGGAGGGAAGAGUUAUUCCUCGAUAUCGAGUUUUGAAGACUAUGGAAUCAAAGUUUCUGUUCAAGAAGAAGCCAAGCUUUAGGUCUGUUAUGAGUCUUACAAAUGAAAGAUUCGUGGAAAAGUUCGUAUUCAUGUAUCCAGAACAUGCAGAGGAACUAUUAAUUGUUUACAAUGGUCGCAAUGUGGAUUCCUCUGCAGAUGCAGCUUAUUCAUAG